GUCAUCUGUUUGCGUCCGUCCAAGGAAAAAGGACGCUGAGCGGGCUAAUUCUUUAGAGAACUGCUUUUUUGGCACAUUUUUCCAUGCAAAAUAAAAACUCUUACUCGAACAUUUUGAAACAUUUUGAGACAUUGUAAUGAAGAGAAGAGCGGAUCCAACAUACUCACCUCUGCAGGGGCCAAAGAGGCAGCGCGAUGAAAGUAGCUCAGAUGAAGAGUCCCUGUCUAGACAGGACUCCAGCCAAAAUGACUCCCUCAGUGACCAGGAGGAUCACAGACCGAGCUUUUCCAUGCCGUCCAUAUCAACAUCCUCCUCCUUUGAUACCAAAGAUGAUGACAGCUCCUCUCAGACCGCCUCGAAGUUCUCUAUGUACAACAGCGUGUCACAGAAGCUCAUGGCGAAGAUGGGUUUCAGGGAAGGGGAGGGUCUGGGUAAGUUUGGCCAGGGACGCAAAGAGAUCGUGGAGGCUUCCACCCAGCGUGGAAGGAGGGGUCUGGGCCUCACGCUGCAGGGUUUCAAAGGAGAGCUGAAUGUUGACUGGCGUGAUGAACCACAGCCCAGUGCUGUUGAGAAAGUUGACUGGUUUCCAGAAUGCAUGACGGAGAUCCCGGAUGCAGAGGAGCUGAGGGACUGGUUGAUUCUGGGACCGAGAAAACUAAAGAUUGAGGAUGAAACCGAGUUUUGCACAGAAGAUCUUCUGCACACUCUUCUACGAUGCAAGACGAUCUUUGAUGACCUGGAGGGUGAGGAGAUGAGGAGAGCACGAACACGUUCCAAUCCUUACGAGACAAUCAGAGGAGGAAUCUUUCUCAACAGAGCAGCCAUGAAAAUGGCCAACAUCGAUCACUGCUUUGACUACAUGUUUACUAAUCCAAAGGAUUCUCAAGGGAAAUCGUUGGUGAAGGACCGUGAGGGCGAGCCUCUGUAUUUCGGCGACGUCUGUGCGGGGCCUGGUGGCUUCUCAGAGUAUAUUUUGUGGAGGAAACGCUGGCACGCAAAGGGCUUUGGGAUGACGCUGAGAGGGCCGUGCGAUUUCAAACUGGAGGAUUUCUAUGCCGCGCCGAGCGAGUUGUUUGAACCCUAUUACGGUGAGGGCGGAGUGGACGGGGAUGGUGACAUCACUCGGCCUGAAAAUCUUAAUGCAUUUCGUAAUUUUGUCAUGGAGAACACAGACAGAAGAGGGCUGCAUUUCCUCAUGGCAGAUGGGGGUUUCUCUGUGGAGGGUCAGGAGAACAUCCAGGAGAUCCUCACCAAACAGCUGCUGCUCUGUCAGUUCCUCACUGCCCUCUCCACUCUCAGGACAGGUGGCCAUUUUGUCUGUAAAACGUUUGACCUCUUCACUCCUUUCAGCGUGGGCUUGGUCUACCUCCUCUACCUCUGCUUUGACAGGAUCUCCCUCUUCAAACCUGUAACCAGCAGGCCUGCAAACUCUGAGAGGUACAUCGUGUGCCGCGGUCUGAAGCCAGGCUCUGAUGCGGUCAGAGAGUACAUGUUCAAAGUCAACCUCAAACUGAAUGUACUCAAGGACAGGGACACUGAUGUCACAGAAGUGGUUCCGCUGCACAUCAUAAAGGACGACACAGACUUCUUCCAGUUCAUGGUCAACUCAAACGAGAGCCUCUGUGCGGUCCAGAUCAAGGCCUUGGCUAAGAUCCACGCUUUCGUCGUAGACCCGACGCUCUCAGAGCCGAGACAAGCCGACAUCAGGAAAGAGUGCCUAAAACUUUGGGGGGUACCAGACAAAGCCAGAGUCGCUCCCUCUUCAUCCGACCCAAAAAACAAAUUCUACGAACUGAUUAAGAACGCGGAUAUGGGCGAGUUCCAGGGGAAGGUCACCCCUCUGGACUCCAACACGCUCAAUAAGCUGCGACACAUUUUUGACUACAGGUGCAUUGUGGGUGGCGGAGAGCAGAUCUUCCUGCUUGCCUUGGGGAAGUCUCAGAUAUACAUGUGGGAUGGGAAGAUGCCUCUACGCUGGAAGAAAAUGGAAAGUUUAAAGCUGGAGCUGCCAAGGGAAACGCUGCUCAAUGUGGAGAUCAUUCAGGAACUAAAAGGGGAGGGUAAAGCUCAGCGGAGAAUCAGCGCGGUCCAUAUUAUGGAUGCACUGAUUCUUAAUGGUACUGACGUCAGAGAUCAGCACUUCAACCAGCGGAUCCAGAUGGCUGAGAAGUUUGUGAAGGCGGUGGCAAAACCCAGUAGACCAGACAUGAACCCCAUCAGAGUUAAGGAAGUUUACAGACUAGAGGAAAUGGAGAAAAUCUUCGUCAGACUAGAGAUGAAGAUAACAAAGAGUUCAGGAGGAGUUCCUCGUUUGUCCUAUACCGGCAGAGAUGACAGACACUUCCUCCCCACAGGCCUCCAUAUCAUUAAAACUGUCAAUGAGCCUUGGACAAUGGCGUACAGCAAAAACUCUAAUAAGAAGUUCUUCUUUAAUAAGACCACCAAGAAAUCAACCUAUGACAUGCCUCCAAACGCGGCCGCUCCUUUUCGAGUUUGUUAUGCUGAGCGACUCUUCUGGGCCUGGGUGGAUGGAGUCAUCGUCCACGAUUCUCAGACCCGAAUAGACCCCGAGAAACUGUCCAAAGAUGAAUUUUUAACCUUUAUCCACCAGCAUCACCAGUACUGAAGAACCACUAAAGAUUCAGGAGGCGUUUAGUGAUGGAGCAUGCAAAGCCUGGCUGCGGCGUUCCAUUGAUCCUUAUUUAUUUGACAAUAAAAGGACUGUAGAUUCUUGGUUAUAAUUUCUUUUUAAUGUAGCCUCUCAACCUAUUGUCUCAAUCAUCAAACUGCUUUAAGACAAAAAUCAAGGUCCUUCUUUUGACUACUUUCAGAAAAGCUCACCUUUGUACCAAUGAUAGUAACUGGUCAAACCAGUCUGUCCUCAAUACUGUACUGAGUCAUACUGGCCUUUCACAACAAAAUAGAGACAAUGAAAAAGCUGUUGUUUUGACCAUGCCUUGCCUUUUCCUGUACAUUCAUGUUUUUCUCUUCUUGUUCAUGAUCUGCUUUGCUGUGCAUUCAUACAUCUCUUUACAAAUGACAGAGAGGUUUUAAAUAGGUGAACUAUGCAUCUGCCUACAUGGUCAAUGUAGCCGUCUGUACUAUUGGUAUAUUAUUACUCCUCUUUUGGAGAAGAAGAAGCUGGAGACUAAAACCAGCUGCACCUCCUUGCCUUUGUCUGGCUUUUAUUUUCCCUCUAGCUAAUGUAACAACCCCCUCCCCCCAUUUUUGCAACCUGAAAUUCAAAGUUUCAACUUUGGUUUUUGUGCCUAAGUCUCUGACAGCUACAAUAAAUCUUACAAACUGUUUUGUUUUUUUCUGUUAAGUGAGCUCUUUGGUUACUGGGUGUAAAUAAUCAAAUAGUAAAGGAUUAUGGUAUUGCCAUGGCUUUGUGAAAGUGAAAUAUAUUUUAGAGCUUUAAUAAAGGCUAUCUUGCAUGUACAGUGGCCCCUUUUUGAUUAAAUCUAUCAAUAGAUGUAUGUCUUGAUUUUUAGUUUCAUAACAUUAAACUGAAUAUUCUAGAAAAAUCCAACCAUUUGGGAGACCUAAUUUAUUGG